AUGGCGUCCAAAACUCCUCAUCUCGAGGAGAACAUCAACUACAUCAAGACCCCCAAGCAGGCGCCUUCCGCCUUCGAGGCCCAGGACUGCGGUGUCCCCGUCACUGAUGUGAGCUCAUUUACCCGCGCCGCCAUCGCCCCUCUCCUUCCUUCCAGCAGUAGCUUCGGUUACCGCACACGCUGCUUCCCGACGAUUCACAAUGCCCCGCUGCCUGCUGAAGGUCCUGGAAACGAGAGCUUCUCCAACAUCGUCCUCGUUGGUCUGUUCAUUGCCGUCCCCUGGUUCCUAGCCCGUCUCAUUGGUGGUGGCAUCAAAACCAAGAUUUUUUUCGGCUUGAUUACCACCUUGCCCGUUCUCAUCGCCUACUGGGCUUUCAAGUCCGCCUUCAGCCCUCGCACCAACGAGAAUGCUAAGCUCCCCGGCCGUCCCGUUGAGUCCUACAUCACCUUCAAGGAUGCUGCCGAUAAGGUCAAAUGGAGCGGCCGCUCCAAAGUCCCCAUCCAGACCUUCUCCGAGAUGUACGUUGCCGGCAAGGUCGACGUCAACGGCGACAUCCUCGACGUCCUCGAGUACCGCCACGACUGGUCCAACUUCAGCUUCACUCUCGACCUCUUCAAGUUUAUCUUCGGCACCUUUGGUCGCGACGUGCUUUUCCACACCAAGGACCAGGAUAUGGAGCAGAUUCGCCCCAACUACGAUAACGGCAAUGAUCACUACGCCUGGUUCCUUGGCCCGCGCAUGAUCUAUACCUCCGGUAUCAUCUCGGACCCUACCCGGGAAGAAACCCUCGAAGAGCUCCAGGACAACAAGCUGGCCGUCGUCUGCGAGAAGCUCGAGCUCAAGGAGGGUGAAACAAUGCUCGAUAUUGGCUCUGGCUGGGGUACACUCGCCAAGUUUGCCAGUCUCAACUACGGCGCAAAGGUCACUGGUAUCACCAUCGCUGAGAACGGCGCCGCUUGGGGCAAUGAUGUUUUGCGCAAGGCUGGCAUCCCCGAGGAUCAGUCGCGCAUUCUCUGCAUGGACUACCGCGACGCUCCCAAAGUCAAGUACAACAAGAUCUCCCAGAUCGAGAUGGGUGAGCACGUCGGUAUUCGCAAGCUCACUGGUUUCUUCCGCCAAUGCUACGACAUGCUGGAGGACGACGGUCUCAUGUACGUUCAGCUCUCCGGUCUCCGUCAGGCUUGGCAGUACGAGGAUCUCAUUUGGGGUCUCUACCUCAACAAGUACAUUUUCCGUGGUGCCGAUGCCUCUACUCCUCUCUGGAAUUAUGCCCGUUCCCUGGAGAGAGCUGGUUUCGAAAUUAAGAGCGUCGACACUGUCGGUGUACACUACUCUGCUACCCUCUGGAGAUGGUACCGUAACUGGGUUGGCAACGGCAAUGAGAUUACCGCCAAGUAUGGCCAGCGCUGGUACAGAAUUUGGGAACUAUUCCUCGCCUGGUCCGUCAUCGCCUCCCGACAAGGUUCCGCCACUUGCUUCCAGAUCGUGGUUGCCAAGAACCUCAACGCCACUCACCGUAUCAACGGUAUUGCCUCACAGUUUGGUCUCUCUGGCGCCCUUGCCAAGAGCAAGGCUGCCGGUAAGAACUCUCUCGCUAAUUGA